CCCCGCGAACAGCGCUGCGGUGCAGGCACAGCGCCCAGCUCGGACACCCCGCCCCAGCUACCGCUGCCUCCCCGGCGCAGGCAUAAGAAGCCGGCGAGUCCCCGGGGUGCCUGGCCACGCCGCAUCGUUGUGCCACAGCCCCGCCGGCAGCAGGGAGGGCCACGCCACAACCAUGUCUGAGCUGGAGAAGGCGAUGAUCGUCAUCAUCGAUGUCUUCCACCAGUACUCCGGGAAGGAGGGAGACAAGCACAAGCUGAAGAAAUCGGAACUGAAGGAGCUCAUCAACAACGAGCUGACCCACUUCCUCGGUGAAAUCAAAGACCAGGAGACUGUGGACAAAGUCAUGGAGGCACUGGACUGCGACGGGGAUGCAGAGUGCGACUUCCAGGAGUUUGUGGCCUUCAUUGCAAUGGUCACUGCUGCUUGCCAUGAGUUCUUUGAGCAUGAGUGAACUGGUGGGAAGCAGGUGAGCCCCUUCUGCUCAUGCUGGAGAGACGAAAGGCAGCAUUGCUCCUCCAGGAAAAGGAAUGGGUGUGAUUACAGACACCUUAGAGUUCAGCUUGUGCUAGACUUAAGCAGCUUAUUAAAAGUGCUGUGGCUUUGUGAACAAGAAACACCUGUGUGGCUCAGGAAGGGCUAUCGGCUAGUGCCCACUGGGCUGGAUGCAGUGAGCGAGUGCCUUGCCUCAAGCUUCUUCCCUGCUGUUUUAAGUCAGGAAUGUGCAUGGGGCUAGAAGGAGAGGGAUGCUGUUAUCCAAGCUUGCGUGCAAAGGAAAAAGGGAAAUUAAGGAGGAGGUGAUGCAGAGGGGCUUGUUAUGGAAACUUGCUGCUGAGUCCACUGGCUUGAAUGGGAAGACUCCCAGUGAUUCCUGUGGGCUCUAUGCAUGACAUCAACGCAGGAAACCCAGCUCCUGUCCUCUCACAGGUGCUCAGUAGAGCCCACCCAUUUCUUGGGACAUUGAGACACCCUUGGCUUGCAAGGCAAAGUAUAACAAUCUAAAAGCAUAACCAUCUAAAAGCAUAACCAUCUGACAGCUCAGUCUUUUCUCUUGUUGAUCAAUCCUGCUUUUAGCAGCCUGCAGAACUGGAAGCAACAGUGUAUGAGGCUCCUACGCUAGGGUCAGCUCCUGGGCCUGGGAUAUGCCUUGACAAGGUGUCCAGGCUCAGUCAGAAGGGAUGGGGGAUUGGCCUAGUGUCACCACAGACCAAGCACAGCCUCCUGAGUGUGUGAAAAUAACAAGAAUAAAAUGUUGGUUUGGCCUCUGUGAAAAA